AGCAGGCCCCUCAUUCUCCUGCUUGCUUCCGUGCGCCCCCAAAGCGGCCCUGACUGGGUUACUCCUGACCCAAGCCGGGGGCAGUACUGGGGUGCCGAAAGGGCGAGGGUAGGGGCCGAGGCGGGCUCCCCGGCCUGGGAAUUUGGAGCCUAGGGGUCCGGAAUUCCCGCCUGCGCGACCUUGGGCAAAUCACUCUUCCUGAUUCUGAGUUUCCCUGCUGUCAAAUUGGAGAGACUUUGGGUCCCUCCCUUCUUUGACAGUCCACGUACGGGCGGGUCUGGAAGGAGCCUGAGUGAGUGAGUGGAAACUACCGUGGCAGAUGGCUGGCCUUUGGGUCUUAGACAGCUGUCUCUUACCCAACUUAGCCGUCCCUUUUCUUGGCGACUUUCUUAGUUCGAGUCAAGGCUUCGGGUCUAGCCAGGACAGAGAGCUUUGACCUCCAAGCUGUUUUAAGUCUAGUAGAUAAGCCAGACACCCUGUUGCCACAAGCCUUUGGCCCAAGUUUCAGUGGGAAUGCAGCUAGUUUGGAUAUCUGGAACUUUUUAGGCACUUUUUUGGAAUUCCUGGUUGCUGACCUAACGACUACUGUAGUGGUUCAAGACCUUGUCAUCAGUGCAGGAUAGCCACACAGCAAAAUGUUUGCAAAACUAAAGAAGAAAAUUGCAGAAGAGACUGCUGUCGCCCAGAGGCCUGGAGGUGCUGCUAGGAUCCCACGAUCAGUGAGCAAGGAAUCGGUUGCCUCUAUGGGAGCUGACUCAGGAGAUGACUUUGCUUCUGAUGGAAGCAGCUCCAGAGAAGAUCUUUCAUCCCAGCUUUUGAGGAGGAAUGAACAGAUACGGAAAUUAGAGGCCAGACUUUCUGACUAUGCUGAACAGGUCCGAAACUUGCAGAAGAUAAAAGAGAAGCUUGAAAUUGCCUUAGAAAAACACCAGGAUUCUUCCAUGCGGAAAUUUCAAGAGCAGAAUGAGACAUUCCAAGCCAACAGAGCCAAAAUGGCAGAAGGACUGGCUUUGGCAUUAGCCAGAAAGGACCAGGAAUGGUCAGAAAAAGUGGAUCAGCUUGAAAAGGAUAAAAGAUUUCUGACAGCUCAGUUACAGGAAAUAAAGAACCAGAGUUUGAAUCUUUUCCAAAGGAGAGAUGAAAUGGAUGAAUUGGAGGGGUUCCAGCAGCAAGAACUAAGUAAAGUAAAGCACAUGCUUUUAAAAAAAGAAGAAAGUUUGGGGAAAAUGGAACAAGAGUUGGAGGCACAAGUGAGAGAACUUAGUCGCACCCAGGAGGAGUUGAUGACGUCCAAUCAGCUGUCAUCAGACUUAAGCCAGAAGCUCGAAGAAUUGCAGAGACACUAUUCAACGCUGGAAGAGCAGAGAGAUCAUAUGACAGCUUCAAAAACAGGUGCAGAAAAUAAGAUCACAGCCCUGGAGCAAAAGGAACAGGAGCUCCAAGCAUUCAUUCAGCAGCUUUCCCUUGAUUUGCAAAAGGUCACUGCUGAAACUCAGGAGAAAGAACAGCUCAUCACGCAUUUGCAGGAGAAGGUUGCAUCCCUGGAGAAGAAACUGGAGCAGAACUUGUCAGGGGAAGAACAUGUGCAGGAACUUCUAAAAGAGAAAACACUCGCUGAGCAGAAUUUAGAGGAUACUAGACAGCAGCUCUUGGCAGCCAGAAGCAGCCAGGCCAAGGCCAUUGCCAACCUGGAGACUCAGGUGAAGGAACUAGAGCAGAGCCUGCAGGCAUCUGAGAAGAAGCUGAAACAGAGCAGCGACAUCGUGGCAGCUCAGGCAGCUCAGAUUCAGGAGCUUGCCGCCACAAACAAGGAGAGCAGCCGGGCCCGGCAGCAGGCGCUGGCUCUGGAGCAGCAGCGCACAGAGCGCAUCCUCGCGCUGGAGGCCCAGCUCGCCUCCCUGGAGAGAGCACGGGCGGCCGACCAGACAGCCGCUGAGCAGGAAGUGAGACAGCUGGAGCAAGAAAAUGCAGCCCUUCAAGAAAGUAAGCAUGAAUUUGAAUGUUCUUUACAACAUCACCAACUUGAACUAAAGAAGCUGAAGGAAGAAUGGAGCCAAAGAGAAAUUGUGAGUGUGGCCAUGGCGCAAGCCCUGGAGGAGGUGCGGAAACAGAGGGAAGAGUUCCAGCAACAGGCUGCUGACCUGACAGCCAUCAUAGGUGAGAAGGAGCAGAGUCUGCAGGAAAAAACAGAAGUGAUUCUCCAGAAAGAGCAGGAGAUUCUCCAACUGAAGAAAGGUCACGACGCUGCCCUGCUGCAGACGCACCAGCUGCAGAGCGAGCUGGAGGCCCUGCGGGGCCUGAGGGCCGCAGAGCCGGAGGCUGCCGCCGAGAGGGAGGACCUGCUGAGGCUGCCGGGCCAGGAGCCGGGCCAGGUGACCUUGAGGGCCGGGCAGGACUCUGAGUACCAGCUUCCGGCUGCAGAGGGAAUACCAAAUGGUGAGAUGGGGGCCAUGGAUCUAGGGCAGCUACAGAAGGAAAAACAGGACUUGGAGCAGCAACUUCUAGAGAAAAACAAGACCAUAAAGCAGAUGCAGCAGAGGAUGCUGGAACUCAAAAAGACUCUACAGAAGGAACUGAAAAUCAGACCUGAUAACGAGCUUUUUGACGUGCGGGAGAAGCCCGGGCCCGAGAUGCCAAACAUGGCCCCUUGUGUCACGAAUAACGCUGACCUGACCGAUGCCCGCGAGAUCAACUUCGAGUACCUCAAACAUGUGGUUUUAAAAUUCAUGUCCUGUCGCGAAUCUGAGGCUUUUCACCUUAUAAAAGCUGUGUCAGUGUUGCUGAACUUUUCACAAGAGGAGGAGAACAUGCUCAAAGAAACCCUGGAGUAUAAGAUGUCAUGGUUUGGGUCCAAGCCAGCUCCCAAGGGCAGCAUCCGGCCAUCCAUCUCCAGCCCCCGGAUACCGUGGUCCUAGGCGGAACUACCCAAGGAUGGAGCUCCAAGGGCUGACACUUUUUCUGUGAAAAGAACACUGACACACCAGUCUGGGUGGGUUUUUAAUCACUGUAACUGCAGUAUUUUGUACAAGCAUCUAAACAUUGUUUACAAGACUUAAGGCCCACUUCCCUGCAGACUGAUAGGAACUUCGGGAGGUAGCUGAUCCUGUUAUUCUGGUCACCACACGGGAGGGACCUGACACUACCCACAUCUCCGCAGUGCUGCUAAAACCCCAGCUCUGGCCAGCACCCAUCUGCACCUGAGUCCUCUUUCAAUGUUAGCACUUAAAGCUGAAGCCAUCAGCAUGUCAGAGGGAAGGCGGCUGCUGCAUCGGGUAGUGGCGAUGCUGGACAAAGACAGCCCUUCCAAACAAUGCCCAGCAGGCCACACCCACCUGCUUCUGCCACGAAGCGCCAACGCGGUGGGGCUGGCUUUUAAAAACUCCCCUUCCCUGUUAGGAUGUUUGGGUUCGGAUGAGUUUAAGAGGUUUUUUAAUCCUUUCUCUCUGGGAAACGUUAUUCCACCUUGUUUCUCAAACCACCUAGAACUUUAGAUGUGUCCAUCUCUAAGGUAUUCUGGGGCCAUGUGAAUUAAUGAAUAUGCACCUUUAUGACCGUAUCUCAUUUUACUGAAGAAAACUAGCAAAUAUGUAAGAAGAUCCUUAGUACCAAAUACACUCAAUUGCCUUUUUAAUGAAUGUGUCUUGGAUAGGUUGCUGGUAAACCAUUUUAAACUAUUUUUUAUAGCUCGAGCUAUUAUAAACACAUCCUCUGUAUUAUAAAAUCCAUCUGACUGGUGUUCUUAAAGGAAAAUGAGAGCAUCGAGAGGAAAUUCUUUCUGAGAUGGGGACCCCGUCCCUUUGUGACGCCACUAGCAAUCUGUGGCAUCUGUUUCCCUCUGAAGCAGUGGUGGUGUUUCGUUUGCUUAUUUGCUCUCAUUUCUGUGUUGUAACACUGAGCAGAUGCUGAUCACAAGUUUUCUACUGCUAAGGACAGUCCACUGUAUUCAGAGAAGCAGCAGCUGUCCCUACCCUCUUCCCCGGCCUUGACCAAAACAUAGGAGGCAGUCUGCCUUGUGUGUGGAGCCACCAUCCCUCCCAGUCAUCCUUCCCCCACGUAAUUUAAGAGGACACUACAGUGACGUACGGUGUCCAGACAGCCUCCAGCUGCAGUACUGGAGAGCACGCAGAUGGCUCUGAAGUGACUGAUGAAAACUCUGUUCAUUAAAGAAAAGGGAACAUGCUUGCCCUAGAUAAGCCGCAAUAUUGAAUCUAAAGGGAAAUCAUAUAUUGAUGGAAUAGUCUGAUGAAAGUUCUACUGGUUAAAUAAAAAACUGCAUUAAUAACUGGAGCUCCUAACUUUACUAUCAGUUAUCCAAUGAUGUAAAAUUAUGUUUAGGGUUAAGAUACAAAGUAUUUCCCACAGAAAAACAAGGAUUUGCAGUUAACCUGUAACAGUGCCACGGACCUAGAAGCACCACGCAAGGGCAGCAUUACCCUCGUCCCAGCUGGGGCUCUGCCAUCCAAGGGACCGCUCUCCAUUACCUACCUCCUCCUGUGGCUCCCCCUGCAGGUGUCUGAUCCUUGUCUAGGAUGCUUUUUCCAUUUAUCUGGUGGGGACACCAAACAGGAGUCCCUUCUGUUCCGUUAACUUUGAUGACUAAGGUAGCUGUUCCAGGAAAGACUCCUAAAGUUUGGGUAGUUCAGGGCUUGCCAGAGGCAACAAGAGUAUAGCCACAGGAGCCCCACUCGGCUCCUCUGUGGCCUCUGCAGCUGGUCUCACCCCACCCACGUCCACAGCAGUUUUAUGUGUAGUCAUGGGGUCCAUGCCUUGGUCUGUACUUGCACAGGGAGGGUUCAUUCUGAUUAGGCUUUCCUCCUGCAUGUUGAAUUUCUGUCAGCUUUAAGAGGAAGAGUGGAGUAAAUAUUCUAAGUGAUGUCAUGCACUUUCACUUGUAUAAAACAUUCUGUGAUAGAGACCAGUAUACAUCGCCCUUUAUAUGAGCAUUGGAUCUUGAUCUUGGCCUCCAUGUUGUAAAUAGGGAUUGUAUUAUCUAAAACUGCUGUAGAGAAUUCACUUGUGGUGCAAUACACUUUUUGAUUAAAGCUCUCCCAUCCAGAUGCAGUGGGUUUUACUUGA